UCAACACGUCGAAGACUAAAAUCGGCUCAUUUCCGUUCCCACCAAGGCCCGCCCAACCAACUCUCGCGCGCGUUGUUGGCUCGUGAUGGAAGCGACGAUGAGCGAUGAUGGGGCCGAGGGGCGGCAGCGUGGCCGGCUCAAGGUUGCCAUUGUGGGCACGGGGAUGGCGGGACUCGUCGCAGCGCAUCGCUUGUCGCGCGAGGAUGUCGAGGUCCACCUGUUUGAAAGAGGGACACGACUGGGUCUCGACGCUAAUAGCAUCUCGGUUCCGGCUGACGGCGAGGACGGUGGGGAUCUGAGAGUCGAUGUUCCUAUGCGUUCCUUUAAUGCCGGCUACUACCCUUCCCUCUUGGCACUCUACAAUUCUCUCAACAUUGCCAUCCGACCCAGCAACUAUACCUUUUCCUUUUCCUCGGCACUCGCACCUUCGCCCUGGCUAAUCUACAAUGGACGGAACGGACUUCGUGGUCUGAGCCUGCCCUCCUCGAUCCGACCCUCGCUUCCGCCUUUACGGACCAUUGUCCGUGCGCCGCACAUUGCCGUCCAGAGCAUCGCAUCGCAAUUUCAGGACGUUCGGACAUACCUCGGUCUCGUUGUCACACUCGCCCUCUCGUACCUGCAGCUGCUCGUCCUUGCCUUCUGGCACCACCUGCUCGGGCAUUGCUCCGACCCGAGCCACCCGAUCACCAAGCAGCCGUUUGGCGAAUGGUGCCUGCAGCGCCGCCUCUCGCUCGACUUUGUUAACGGCGUCGUCCUCUCGCUCUUUUCGGCCGUCAUGACAUGCCAGCACGACGCCGUCCUCGCGUGCCCCACGUCUGAGAUCCUCAGCUACGUCGCCAUGACGUUUCUCCGCUCCCACUACCAGGUCGCCGAGGGCGUCCAGCAGGUCGAGGCUGCCCUGACAAAGGGGCUGGACUCAGAUCGCAUUCACACAUCCACGACGGUCAAGGGGCUCCACCCCACCAAUGCGCGCGCAAAGGUCUGCCUCGUCCUCGAGACGGCCGACCAAGAGACGCAGCUCAUGCACGGCUUCGACCACGUCAUUCUCACCACGCCCGCUCACCUCUCGGCCUCGCUCGUGGAAUCCUACAUUGACGCUCUCCGGGCACGGCGCAGGGUGGUGCCGGCGGGCGACGACGAAAAGAAGACGCUUGUGCAAGAAGAGGCGCGCCUCGAGACGGUCCUGGGCAAGCUCCUCUCCAUUCGCGUAGAGGACAGCCUCGUCAUCAACCACACCGAUCGGUCCCUGCUUCCCCUGAACCGGCGCGACUGGCGCGACCUCAACCUCGCCAGCCCGUCCUACUCGUCCUCGAGCCCACCGUCAGAGGAUGGGACGGACUCGUGCGAAGACGCGACGCUGGUCGACUCGCUACCGAUUCUCUCCCCGAUGCACAACAAGGAGCAGCAACAACAAGACGACGGUAUGCUCGCCAAGGACGGGCGAACAAGCCCGUACGGCGGGAUAGCGAGGCACACGAUGGCUACCCAUGUCGUCUCGAGGCUCCGGUCAAAGGGCCAGCUGCUCCUGCAGACGACGAACCCGCUGCCUGGCUCGACGCCGCGGCCGCAGGAGGUGCUGAGUGCCAGCCGGUUCCAGCGGGUCAUGACUCCCCCAAAGGCGCUCCUGAGCGGCCUCUUUGACUGGCGCCCUUCUCGUCGGAGAAGACGCUCGUGGGGGGAUCGAGGCGCGCUGGGCGAGCGGCUCCUUUCGAUUGCCUACGCAUGCAUGCCCGUGUCGAAGUGGGAGAUGGUGGCAGGGGAACUGCAAGGGGGGCAAGAGGGCAUGCCUGGCGUCUGGUUCUGUGGUUCAUAUAGUUACGGAAUCCCGCUCCUCGAAGGCUGCGUCGUGGGCAGCGACCUGGUCGUCGAAAGCAUCCUGAGACGCACACCAUAAUGCUAAUGUCUAUUUAUUAUACGAUGUUUGUAAGGUCUGCAUCACUCUCUGCCUUCUUCCACUUUCUUCUCUUCUGUGUGUCAAGG